CGACUUCACUCUUCCUUUGACAAUAUUUAAUACUAACAUUCACCUUUCAAAAGUCUCCAGAUGGUUCUAAUUCCUUAAUAAACUUUCACCUCUGGUUUGUUCCGUCCCGCCGGCACUACUCAACACUGCAAAAGCUACUUUAGUUCAGCAUCCCAACUUUACCAUUCUAGGUAUCUCCAACCACAAAAAUGUCGGACUUAGAUGCCAAUUCAAGGGCCGCCUCGCCAGGCCCAGAAGCUGGAAAUGGCUCCGCAGAACCAAGCCGACGAGCUUCAGAAAAACCAGAUGCGCCACCAGCAGCGGAUGCUGAUGUGGAUAUGGACGACGACGAUGACGACGAUUCCCUGGCAUCUGAUCUUUCCGAGGUCGACGAGGCUGAAUUCGCAGAUUUCGAUCCCAAGACUGUCGCCAUCGAAGACAAACCAGUUGAACUAGAUGAGUAUGCGGUGGGCACAUUGAAGGCAGCCAAGCGACAGAGAUCCGAUAAGGAUGGCAAGAAAUCGAAAGAGGGCAAACGCGACAAAAAGAAGAGACGUCGUGAUGAGGAUGAGGAUCCAGAUGGAGAGCGCAUGGAAGGCAAGAGAAUCCGCAAACCGAGAUCUGAUGAGGAGAGAAAGAAGGGAGAUGGGGCAACGAGGGAAAGAAGACAACCAUCACCAGAGAAUGAGGCAAGUUUGACGCCCGAGGAGAGACGACGGAGAGCUUUGGACAAGCAGAUGGAUAUGGCCUUGAAGAAUCCAAACAAGAGGCGACGCAAGAAGGAUGAAGUGGUAUGUACAAAUAUGCUUGUCUUCGCUGCAUGUGCUUACAGUAUUACAGGAUCUUGAAGAGGCAUUCGAUGAAGAAAUCGCUCAACUCAAGGUUGAAAUGGAACGCGCUUGUACUGCCGACAAUGAGGCCCGCGAUCAAGGCCAACCUGCAGUCCAUAAACUCAAGAUGCUUCCAAAAGUGGUAUCUCUUCUCAACCGCAACACCGUCCAACAUUCGAUUGUUGAUCCCGAUACCAACUUCCUGCAAUCCGUGAAAUACUUCCUAGAGCCACUUCCCGAUGGAAGUCUCCCGGCAUAUACAAUUCAACGAGAUCUUUUUGCAGCACUCGCCCGUCUACCAAUUGAAAAAGAGUCGUUGCUGAGUAGUGGCAUUGGCAAGGUUGUUCUUUUCUAUACCAAAAGCAAGAAGCCCGAGAUUGGAGUCAAAAGAGCUGCUGAACGGUUAUUGGGAGACUGGUCAAGACCUAUUUUGAAGCGAACUGAUGAUUUUAAACAACGGAAGGUGGCCACCAGAGAAUUCGAUCAUCAGUAUGUUGACCCUUUUACUAAUUUCAUUGCUCACUUAACUAAUCACGUUACAGGGCUGCUCAACUUGCUCUUCGACCAUCUGGAACUCAGUCCUCUCAAAUGCCAGCGUCCCAGCGGGCAGGCAUGUCACAACGUGAAAUCGAACGAGAACGAGUCCUUGCUCAACCAAACAGAAGUAAUCGUGCCAGAUUGGAAACUUCGAAUACUAGUUAUACCAUUGCUCCAAAGAGUACCUUUGAUCCUAGCAAGGGUAUUGAUCCGAUGUCGAGACCUAUUGGUGCUGGUGGUGCGGAAGCGUUUAGGAAGAUGACUGCUAAGCAAGUACGCAAGAAGUGAAGAAUCCCAGGUGUGUAACUGUAAAAUAGACUAUUUUCUUUUUGCUGGCAGUAUGGGGCGGAAAUUUAUGGUAGGGGGUUGUUGGUGAGAAAUGCAUUAUGGAGCGUGGCGUUACUUUGUUUGUAUGGUAGGGGCGAGAACCAAUUUGAUAAGUUUUCAAUCAAAUGCUAGCAAAGAGCUUGAC